AUGUGGCACAGCCGAAAAAGCGCGGUCUUCGAGCUGGAGACUCUUGAGCAGGAGAUGCAGCUACUCAAGGACCAGCAGCGAAUUCCUUUGCCGGCAAUAUCUCAGACGCCAGUUGCUCCGGUCGCAACGCCCACAGUAAUACCAGCCCCGACACCACAGCAAGUGAUCCCAUCCCCCGCUCAGAACUCAAUCUUCGACACUCCCAGGAGUUCGAGCAGUCACCAAGCCACCCCCAGACGGAUACAAACAGAGUCGGAUGCUGCGGUGGCAGACCUGAUGACACUACCACAUGCGUAUAUCUACACCCUAGCCGACCUGUGGUUCAAAGAGUCUCAACCAUGGGUACCUAUUCUUACUCGGAAUCAGAUCCAAAAUGCGCUGGGAAGCCUACCAUCACCUUUGACACAUAUUGACGAUGUGGUACUGAAAGCGGUGUUGGCGCUUCAGAUCAAACACUCCAGUCAGGCGAUCUGUUUGGGUUAUCAUGGACGACUGCGGCUGUCGGAGCACCUUCGAUCACAAGUAAUCAAUGAAGCUUUCUCGAAGCCGUCUCUGAGCUCUCUGCAAGCGCUCUUGGUCAUGGCGAUUUUCGACUAUGGCGCAGACAACAUCCCUAGCACAUUCAGCUUAUUGUCGGUUUGCCGCCGCAUGUGCGAGAACAUUGGCCUCUUCCGCAAACUAUUGAACCAGAUGGAAAUCGAGAAUCCCGCCAAGAUAGGUCCACCUGCGAUCAUAAGCAACUUUGGAGACGAGCUCGCAAUCCAUCUGACAUGGGCGACUCUGGCCCUCGAUGCUGCCACGACACUCGGGAUCACCUGGCGAGAUGUAUCAGCCGCACUGGUGGACCACUUGUCCAGUGUGGCCUACGUCAGCUCGCCCGACCUCAAGGACAGUUAUCGCAGCCACGUCCAUUUGGCGGCGAUUGGAUUGCAACCUCUGCAUACGUUCGUCCACGAGCACGCGCGGGGCAGGUAUGACCACUCACCGGCAAAUGCGCUUGAGGUGUGCGAUGAGAUCUAUCACAAUCUGAUGAGCUACGUCCGAUCACAGCCAAGUUCGAGUUACACUUUGCUGGCGGACGGGCUGGUCGACUUUGAUCCUUAUCUGAUGCAGACCAGCCUGGUGGCCCACGCGGGGGUGAUCAUCCUGUAUCAACGACUGGUGGAAUUCGAUGAGAGUUCGCUCCAGAAGGUGCCGGUGCAACGAUGUCUACAAGGAUGCGAGGACCUGGUGCUGACCAUCCAGAGCAUCAGCGACGCGGACUGUGAGCUGAGCACACCGGUGAUGGCGAGCAUGUUAUUCGUGGCGGCUCGGUUCAAGUUGAUCAUGUACCGCCGGCUGCACCGCCCGCGGGAGCCCAUGUUCGACUCGCUCAUGCAUGGCAUCAACAUGAACGGGCGUCGAUGGGAGGUGGCCCGGCGGUUGGACAUUGUGCUCCGGGCGGCCAUUGUCGAGGUGGACGGUCAUAGCAGUUCGGCUUUGCCGGAAGACUUUUGGAAUGUGAAGAAGAGCCACUUGGACAUUUCAGAGGAAUUGAAAGGGUGGGUCGACGGGUACAAACACUCGUUGUAUGUCGGGGCGUUGAAUGGGCCGUAUGCGUGA